AUGUCAAAAAUAAAUAAAAGUCAAAAACGAACAAAUAGAGGCGAUUUCGCCUCAGUUUGGUACCCCAGUUUGAGUUUGGAAACCCGAAUUAUCAUUGGAAGUUUUUCUACAUCCAUAGCUCCGUUUAUUUUUUGUGCAGCCUACGACUUAGGAAUGUUUGGCAGCGAAUAUGUUUGGAUACUAGAAACUCCCAGAAAGAUCUGGUGGCAGAACCUAAAAUGUGAUUGUGAUUCCGAGAAUCUUCAAAAAGCUAUUGAAGGAGUGAUCGUGGUUGGCGACUAUGAAUUCACCUAUUAUGAUGAAUAUCUAUUGAAUAAAAUGAAAACUCUAUCUUUGGAGUCGAGAUAUGCAAAACACACAUAUGACGCUAUAUGGACCAUGGCUUUAACUCUGCGAACAAACAAUAUGAAUUCACUUCAACAUUUCAAUUACGGAAGAAAGGAUAUGACGUGUGCCUUUUAUGAUACAAUGAGAAGAUUGAAAUUUUUAGGAUUGUCAGGACCUAUUAAAUUUGAUGGCGCAGACAGGGUGGGUGACUUGGUUGUCAGUCAGAUUCAAGGUAGGUCAUAUCAAAUUUUUUGA